CCCAGGGCGUGGUGGCGGCAGAGAAAUUAGUGAGCCAGAGAGAGAGAGAGGAGGAAGAGAAGCAGGGAGGACUGGACCGACUGACCGACUGACUGGGCUGGAUCAUCCGAAGAUAGAAUAUUUAGCAUUACACGAACAAUAAGACACGCGCUUGCUUUGCCGUUGUAGAACAGACGAAGGAAAACGCGCCACGAACGUGCAGUCGCGAUGCUGUGUUGCAUGAAACGAAACAAGCAGGCGGAGCCGGAAGAUGGCAGCUCCAAGCCGGAGGAGCAGACGGUGGCCAACGACGUCGCGGCGGUCAGCCCCAACAAGGAAGUGAACUGCUCGGAGAAAUCCGCGGUGGAGCGGCAGGGCGGCGACGAGGAGGAGGAGGGCGACGAGGGGAAGACGACAACGACGACAGAAGACGAAGAGAAGAAGAAGGAUGAGGAGGAGGAGCAGGCGGCGUCCGUCGAGAAUGGGGUGGGCGACGGCGAGGAUGAAGGCCGCGCCGAACCGGGAGAGGCGCCGACGGGCGACGCGGGGACACCGGGCGGGAAAGGCGACGGCGACGACGGAAAAACCGACGGAGACGGAGAAACGGCGUCCGAGGCGGCGGAGAAACCAAGCGGCGGUGGUACCGGCGGUGGCAGCGGUGGGCAGGAGGCGGUGACGGAAAAGAGGGGGGCGGGUUCCGGGGCGGAGGCGAAUGAGCCACGUGAUGAGCCGGCCAAUGGGGAGGCGGCGGUGGCCGAGGAGGCGUCGCCCUCAGGCGGGAAGGAAGCGAGCACCGAGGGGGAAGAAGGCGGCGCGGCGACCAAUCAGGAGGAGGCGGCGGCGGCGGAAAAUGGGAAGGAGGCGAAGGUGGCGGUGAUGGAGGAGGAGGAGUCUUCCGCCAAAGUGAAGCAGGCCAAUGACCACGCGGGGAUCGCCGCGGAGGAUUCUGGGAAAGGUGAAGUGAAGUCCGCACAAGGAGCUGCGUCAGCCAACGGGGAGUCACGUGUCGUCGAGGCGGUGUGAAGAGACCGGUGCCCGGUGCGGGGUUGGAGGGGAGGGAUGUGGGGGGUGGUGG